AUGCAGGACCAUCGCUUACCGCAUAACCCAAGAGGAUCCAAUUUAACCGACAUCGCCAGGACACUCAACGCUCUCUAUUACCUUGGACAGGAGAACCUGGAUAAACUCACAACCAGAUUAGCUGAUGAGCUAAUUGCGCUGGUCAGGGAAAGAACCCUGGAAACGACCAACGCACAUAGGGCGGAACCAAUUCGCUUCACCAUUCCGGGAUUUAUCCCACAGAAGACCCAACGGUCUCUGUAUGUGUCACACGACGUUGACACAAAAUGGGAUCCGGACAGAAAGAAAGCGGUUGGACCGCCCAAGGACAAGCUGACCGGCAGAGCCAAGGAGGCUUACUUAAGCUCCCAAGAGGCCAAACUGCCUGGUCGAAAGAACUUGCCAGUUGAAAAGCCCACUCGACCAUCAGUCACAAGGAGAGAAAGGGCUGCAAGGCAAGAAGCUGCAGAAGAAAUGCGCGCGGCCGGAAUCCGACCCGUGCUAAGGGACACUGUGUCACUGCCUAACGCAGCUGGCCAGUCCAGACCUCCUUCACCGACUCCAUCAGCCACAUCAAUUAAGAGUCGAAAGACCACGGCCACAAAGGCCACGGCUGUAAAGAGGAGCGGGAGGAAAGGCCCGCCACCACCGGGCCGAGAUGUAUCAGACUCCGAGGACUCCGAACCGGAGGACUCGGAGGAGGAACAACAAGAAGAGCCGAACCUGGACCAAACUAUGGAAUCCCAAAAGUCCGACUCCGAUAACGAUGAUGACCAGAGCCCCGGUAAACUGACCAUGAAUGUCCCACCGGACCAUGACAUGGAAAUCCCACCUGGUGAUGAAAAUCAGCCACCUAACGGUGACCAGGACAUGGAGUACCAGGGUGGCGCAGGAGGCGCUAGUCAGGACCAGAGUGGCGCAGAAGGCGCCGAUCGUGAAAGUCAGGCCAGCGUAGAAGACGCUGAGCCAAGUGGAAGCGGUGCACGGCCCGAACGGGAAAGAGUGCGAGACUCCAUCUCACCAGAAUCAGAUGCCGGUGAGAUUCAGUGGACUUUACCCGACCCAUGCCCGGCCAAACCGCGCAUUGAUUAUGUGCCGCCACCGAGAACCACAGUGGCGAGGAAAUGGCCCGGCGGAGAUCCUUCAAAGAAGCCAAAGAUCUCCAAUACGGACGAGACGUGGGCAUACAUCAAGGCAGUCUUAAAGGCGUUGUCCUAA